GGCAGGGGCCGCGCGAUGUCGCACGGAGCCGGCUUGGUCCGCACCACGUGCAGCAGCGGCAGCGCGCUGGGACCCAGGGCCGGCGCCGGGGCCGCAGGGCGAGCGCCUCGGAGGGGCUGGUGGACCCCGGUCUACCCCCGCACCCACGGGGCCCUGCUGAAAGUGGCGCAGAUGGUCAGCCUGCUGAUCGCCUUCAUCUGCGUGAGGAGCUCUCCGUGGAUCAGCCAGAGCGCCUACAGAUACUUCGAAGUGGUCACCAUCUGCAACUUGAUCAUGAUCCUCGCCUUCUACCUGGUCCACCUCUUCCGCCUCUACCGUGUGCUCACCUGCAUCAGCUGGCCCCUGUCGGAACUUCUGCACUAUUUAAUCGGCACCCUGCUCCUCCUCAUCGCCUCCAUCGUGGCCGCCUCCAAGAGUUACAGCCAGAGCGAGCUGGUAGCCGCCUCGAUCUUCGGCUUCGUGGCCACCUUCCUCUGCCUGGCGAGCGUGUGGCUGUCCUACAAGAUCUCUUGUGUGACCCAGUCCACAGAUGCAGCCGUCUGAGGACACCGCGGCCUCCGGGCCCGCAGGAGGCCCUGCAGGGCGUGUGGCCCCGCAGGCAGGAGGACCCGCGGGCCGGUGACCUCAGGAGAGACUUCCGAACCUGUGUUCCUGUGCCAAAGCCCUGCCCGGCUGGCGGGCACGGAGGGCCUUCUCCUCCCUCCUGGGCUCCCGAGCUACUCCGGACCUCUCUCUCCGGCCUAUUCUCCUGGGAGAACAUUCUCCUCAUCCGGGAAAGAAAAGCAGCCUCCAAGGAAAUCUGGUCUCUGCCUCCUGCUUUUCCAACGGCCUCCGGGACUGGUGACCGGACCUAACACAACAGAGAGGUUUCUGGAUGCUCCUGCACAAAUCCCACUCCUCGCGGGAGUGGCGCUGCCUUAAGUCUCCCUGUAAAAACCAAGCCCUCUCCUAAUUUA